UUUUCAAACAUGGCGGCUGAUCUACUUCGGGAGCGACUCCCAGCACACCUGAGCAUAGGUGUUACAAGAGACGGAAGAGUUUUCUUUGUUGAUGACCGAAUUCAGACGACAUCAUGGCUUCAUCCGAGAACGGGACAGCCAGUCAAAACGGGUCAUAGACAAAUUCAAGGUGCCCAAGGCUGGGAGCAGGCAGUUACCCCGGAAGGUGCUAUAUAUUAUAUUGAUCAUAAUACUCAAAUAACAACAUUUGAACAUCCUGUCACUCGUAAACCUUCUAACCAUGCUUCAAAUAAAACAAGUUCAUCAUCAUCACCACCAAGAACACCAACGAGUCCCACAUCACCACAAUCAAACAGAAAAGUAGCAACACCAACAAAAGUCAAGUCAUUAAAAGCACCUCCAGCAAAAAGAGAAGAAACAAAUAUGGUCGCCAUGAAGGGAUGGCUUUACAGGCAGGAAAGUGGUUUUAAAUCAUGGAAGAAAAGAUGGUGUGUUUUAGCUGAUUUUGGGUUGUUUUUCUAUAAAGAUGAUGAAGAGAAAAACCAGAUAGGUUCAAUAUUACUUCCUAGCUAUAAAAUAGGUCAAUGUCUGCCUGGAGAAUCUAGUAAAAAGUAUGCCUUCAAAGCAGAGCACAGUAACAUGAAAACCUACAUGUUUGCAUCAGAUAACCAAGAGAACAUGGAUAUGUGGAUAAGUCUUCUCAAAUCAGCCGCCAUGUUAAGAGGACCUUCCAUUACAGAAAAAGAACCUAACAAUAACAGUCCACAAAAGCUAGUCCCUAAGUCUGCUUUUAUGGAAUGGGAUGAAGAUGAAGGGUCUCCUAUGAGUAAAAAAUUUUGGACUGAAGGACCUGAUGUGGGGUCCCCACAUGAAAGGAAACAGAGACCUCCAGAAAAUAGAUCUCCAGAUUAUAAUAGAAGUCCUCCUAAUCAAAUAGGCACUUAUUCCAACAAUAGGCAGCAUGAACCAAGAACCCCUGAUGAUCCUCACUUCCGAGAUGAUAAACGAUCUCCUAGUAGUCCAUCUUCAAGGCCCAAAAUUCCUAUAGACAAAAACAUGCCAAAAGGAAUAACAUAUGACCCUUUCCAUGGUUAUCGUAAUGAUCCAAGAAAUAAUAAAGUUCAGGAGCAAGAAAAAGCAAGUCCUAGAGAAAGGUACAAUGAGAGACACAGAGAGCCAAAACAAAAGGGUCACAGACAUCAAGAAAAUGACUCUAGGCAACGAUACCCAAGUGAUGAUAGCCGUCAGAAUGAUCCUAGACCAGGAUAUCCUAGUAAUGAAAGCCGACAGAAUGAUCCUAGACAACAAUAUCCAAAUGAUGUUAGACAAAAUGAUCCUAGGCAACACUAUCCAAAUGAUCCUAGGCAACAAUAUCCAAAUGAUCCUAGGCAACAAUAUCCAAAUGAUGUUAGACAAAGUGAUCCUAGGCAACAAUAUCUAAAUGAUAAUAGACAAAAUGAUCCUAGGCAAAGAGAUCCAAGUGAUGAUAGUCCACAUGGACCAAAAUCAAGGCAUAAAAACAGUCCUUAUUUUAAUUCUCAAUCAGGAGUCCCAAAGGACUCCUUUAACAAAUAUGCAUCAGAAAGAGUUCCUCGAGAUUCAAGAUCACAAUAUCCAGAAGAAGCAGAUAGGUACAGGUCUCGAUCUGCAGAAAAGCAUCAAUCAAAUAUGGAUUCAAGGUAUCCAGAAGAAAAUUCUCAGUACGGACCAAGAGAUUCAAGGUCUGGUUAUUCUGAGGAGUCUGAUCAACAACGAAGGUCACGUAAACGUGACCCUACAGAUGGUCUUCCUGCCAUACCAAAAGAACAAAUGCACAAUGCUUCAAGACGACAUAGGGACUCUGAUAGGAGAUAUGAAAGACAACGACCAAAAAGUGAAUAUUUAGAAAGACAUAAUGGACAUUCACAAUUGGAUAAUCCUAUGUUUAAUGAUGGGAGACAACCACCACAUGAAUUUCUGAGUGCAGCAUAUGAUAGACAACAAGAACAAAUGCAAAAAUCUCAUGCGACUCCACAGGACCUGUCACCAGGUCGUUAUUCUGACGAUGCUCAUGAGAAACAAGCACCUAGAAGUCCAGGGUAUGAUGAUGAUAGUGGUAUGUAUGAUCCCUUUCAAACUCAAAGAAUUUAUGAUCCUUUUCAUGGAUAUAGACAAAAGCCUUCUUCAGAGACUAAAGCCAAGGAACCAGAGGUGGAAUACAGUAAAAUUAUCAAAGUACGAAGAGGACAGGAUAAUGAACAACAUCCAGAGGAUUAUCCUUACAUGCAGAUGAAUUCUUCAAGAAGUGGGAAGCACCCUGAUGACUACAUUACACAUGAUAGGUUACAGCAAUCUAUGCAACAGGAUAGGAAAGAUUUAACUAGUAGUUUGCGGGAAGGAGAUAAUUUCGGACAGUACUCUCCACAAACUGAAUCUCGACAGAGAGAAAAACAAAAUCCUAGUAGACUGGAGGAUCCAUAUGCACAGUCAAAGUAUGAUAGAUCACAACCUCAGGAAACAGAACAAAAAUUUGUGUAUUCUUCUCAGGACAAUUUUAAUGAGGAAGAUCCAUAUCACAUUCGUCAUAAUCGUGAUCAUUUACCCACGCAUGAACAAUAUCAUCCAGGUUAUAGAGAACCUGAAGACGGAUAUAGUACAUUGACUAAAUAUAAAGAUAAAUCAAAUGGACCGCAACCUCAAGAACCGUCACGGACAGAACAGACUCAACUUUCUCAUUAUGACACAAAUCCUGACCUUUCUCAUCAUACAUAUGAAAAUAUUCACAAUACACGAAGAGACAUGAUGGAUGACACUCCAAACCGACCUCCACUACCUACAGCUGUGCGGCAACAAAUUGUUGAAGAAAUUGCACAAGCCAAAACUCCACAUACUUCUCAGGAAAUUUUAGAUGCCGAAAGAAACUUGGAAGUUAGGAUGCAGCAGCCAGCUUUCUUUAAUUAUCCCACUCCAACCUUGCCACCAACUCAUUCACAUCAGAACCCAGUCAUAGACCCAAGAUAUGGUAAGCCAUCAGAUUCCAUGGGAAGACAGUACCAUCCCCAUAGAGAUAAUUACCAUGACAACCGGUCUUAUGACCAGGGAAGAUCAAGGUAUCCUGAAGGUUUACCUACUAGAGGUCAAGUUGAAGAAGACUUAAGGAUGUUGGUACAACCCGAUUUAAAUGCUGAUCCUCGCUCCAGACAUGGUGGACACUCUAUUGGGAAAGGCACAGCACAAAAUCCUGAAUUCGAUCCUGACCUCACCAACACUCAAAGCACUAACAAUACUAAAAAAACUGAAAACUCAUCCAAUUUUGAUGACAUUCAAUCUACAGAUUCGGGAAUUCUGCAUCCACAUGAAAGUGAUCUACUUAGAAGGAGACUGUCACAACAGAAGUCACCACCUGAUCAAGACCAAAUGUCACGAGACAGAGAUCCAGGAGAAGAUAAUCCAAGUGACAUGUUGAAUGAGUUAUCUACCCUUGGUCAUGGGAAAGGUUCACCAUAUGUUAAUGUUGACUCAAUUGUUAGGUCUGAUGAGAGAGAAAUGGACCAACCUUCAGCAUUUAGGCCUCUGUCAAGAAAUAUAAAUGCCUCACCUAGAUAUGGACAUGACUCUAGGCCAGAAGGUCAUGAAAGGUCAAGGACUUCACAGAGUGAGAGUCUUCAAGAUAUGGACGAAACAGAUAUUAAGAAAAGGGGUUCAGUGGCUAGCUCUCAAGUAUCAGAGCAGAGUCACAGAAGCUACAACAAGUUAACAGGUGGUCCAUUACGACCUGGUGGAAAGCAGCCUCCCAAAUCUCUACCUCUGAUACAAACUGUUAAAGAACACCCUGAUAUGCCGGAUUCUGAUAUCAUUGAAACAAGGGAAAUUCCAGACUUGCAUGCCAAAUAUCCUGCCUUAAGUGGAACCAGACUUAGAAUGAGUAUAUCUGCUGCUGAUUUAAUUGGAAAAACACAUGAUGAAUUAGUGCUAUUGUUGAUACAGUUGAGGAGAGAAUUCACAGCUUUGGAGAAAGUCAGGAAUUAUUAUAGGGAACAGGUACAAAAGAAAAGAUCAGCGGAGAUUGCAUAUAGAAAAAUGCAACAAGAUUCUCACCAGCUAAUAGAUCCCAGACUGGAGGGUCAACAUAAUGAAUAUGUGGAAAUGAAAUAUCAAGGGGAGGAGUGUGAUAAAAAGUUAGAAGUUUACAGACCUAUUGUUAACCUUGUACAUAAUAUGGUUAACAUGGGCAGUCUAUAUGGAGGGGACAAUUUAAUGUUAGCCUCACAAUAUAGAAAGCAUUUAUUAUCACCUGAACAAAUGUCUCCUCCAAAGAAAAUGAUUGAGUUUUCAAGAAAACAUCAAGAAGAUACAAUAGUACAUCAUAUGAAAGAAGAGGUUGACCAUUUGAAACGGGACCAAGUUGAUUUGGAGGAGAAAUUAGAAAGAUUAUAUGAACUUGACAGACUUCUACAGGAACAGUCAUAUAAAGUCACAGCAUUCCAAGAGGAUAAGGAUCUACUAGAGAAGGCAUUACAAGGAUUAUUAAGACAACAGGAUAUGGUACAAGAUAGUUCUCAUGAAUUGCAUCAUCUUAUUAAACAACAGAGAACUGUAGAGAAAGAAUUAUCAAGAGUUUUAUAUCAUUUAGCUGAGGCAUCUAAGGAAUUAGAAGAAACGUCAGCUGAAAAUAACAAGGUGGAACAUGAAGUAGCUUUACUGAGGUCAAAAGUUCAUGGGGAAUUGGCCAGGAGUAAGAGUGCUCCUUCUCUUGUUAAUGAAAAUAUGAGAAAAAAGAUGACAAUGGAGAAAGAUCUGGCAAAAGUGAAAAACAUUAUGGCUGGGUUAUCAGAAGAAGGUCAAAGGUUAUCUGAAGCUAUAAAUACUCUGAAAAGAUCCUCAUCUGGUGGUGCUCUUAAUCUGGUCAAUGGUGAGGACAAGCCAAGAAAGAAAGAGAAGACUGGAACUUACAUGGAAACUGACCUUGACACUACAGAAUCCAAAGACUUGUCACAGGUCAAGGCCAUUCUGUCUCAAAGGUCACUAACCUCAGUUCCUGAUGAUAUGAAUAUUAAUGUUGAAACAGCUAUUUCUCCCAAGUCUGUUGAUUUCAUUGAGUCACAGGCUCCCCAACCAUUGGAAUCAAUGGCAUUUAACCAGGAAGAAGGACCAUGGGAUAUCAGUGAUGCUGAUGAAAAUACAAAGAGAUUUUAUGGUAUUCUCCCUAAAGAAAGACCAAAAACAUUGACAGUACGGGAUGUUAAACGUCAAAGUGAACAAAGACGAGAAAGGGAAAAAAUCAGAAAAGAAAUUGAUGAAUUGGAUUCUGAAGAUCCUAGUUGGGCCAGUUCUACAGUGAGUCCAAAACAGGAGUAUCAACCUAUAUAUGAAAAUCUUCCACCAGCAAACAAUGUCCCAAAGACGUGGUCUUCCGUUAAUAUUGGCGGAAGUAGUAGCAAUAACUCAUCAAGCACACCCUCCAGAAGAACAUCAAAUUUACAUCUCAUAGCUCCUAGACCAUUUGUCAGAUCAUACCCUUCACCGACUGCUGAAUCAUCAGAAAUAUUGCCAUCAAAAUCAUUUAAUUUUUCAAGUGGACUAUCAUUCAAUGACAGUGGUGUUGUCAAGGCGACAAGGGUCAUAGUGCAACCAGGUGACGAUUCUAAAACUGCCACAUCACCACUGAGUCCUUCAAGGUCGCAGCCCAUCGUUAAAGGAUGGUCUCCGGUGAAAACUAAUUUAUUCAAUGUGAAACGGACUCCUAAAGGGAGGUAUAUGACAAUAUCAAGUAGUGAGCCUGUGAAGAUGGAAACGUCACUCUUACAACCAGCAUCAUUACAUUCUGUAGCAGGGGACCUAAUGACCAAUAACAAUUUAGAUAUGGUACCAGAUAUAGUAAAGAGUUCUACCACAAAAGUAGACCAGAUGGACGAAGUGUCUUUCGAACGAGAAGUUUUAGCUUUUCCUAACAAAGUUGAGAUUCCAGAAAGGUAUAUGCCAGAAUCUGAUGAGGAAUCAUUUACAGAAGAAGAAAAGUAUAGGCGCCAAGAAAAAUCUGAUAGGCUGAAAAAAAUUCUUACACAGCAAAGUAUUCAUUCAUUGUCUCAGCCUGAUGUUAGUAAUGUAGCUCAAGAGAAAGUCAGAAGAGCUCAGUUGUUAACCAUGAACCAAGAAUUAGCCAGACAAGUCACCAAAAAGUCUAGAGAGGCUGCAGCUGCUAGGAGGAAAACAUGGUCUGGAAUUCCAGGACAGAUUAUUGUUCCUGAUACUGAAGAUUCCAUUGUCAAGGAAGCUGAACUUACUGAUAUGGAAAAAUACCAACGACAAGAAAACUUAUACAUUUAAAAAAAACUUUCAAAAUAUCUUUGAGGCCAGUAUUAAAAGAUGUAAAUCAUGUAAAGGUUCUUUAUUGUUUUACACCUAGCUAUUAACAGAAUUUCGUACUAGGUGAAGGAGCUGGAUGUCCGAAACAAAACACGAUUAACAGUAUUCAAAUGUGUCCGUUCAUUAUGUAUUAAAUAAUGAGAAUUGAAAUUUUGCAUAAUAUUUGCUAACACAUAUCAUAAUUAUUCAAAUAUUUUCAUUUUAUUUAUUGAACUAGCCUUUAAUUAUCAACAAAUUUCAUUGACAAGAUUGACUAAAUAUGGCUUAAAAAAUGCUACCUCGAUCAUUUAAAAAAUUUAAGGGUAGAUAUGGAAUAAUAAAGCAACAACUGAUUCAAACUCAUUUUAUAAUUAUUAAUUCAGCAAGGAGAAUGUGUUCAAUGUUCAUAACUCAACAAAGAUGGUAAACUGUAAUAAAAAUCCAUUUAAUAGAUGUUUUAUUAUAUUUAUUGGUGAAUAUUUGAAUAAUGUAUUCUCAUGAUAAAUUAGGGCUUGUUAUUAAACAGACUUUUUAUAUGUAGUUAGAGAAAAGUUAUUUGUUAACAUUUUCAUUGUUUAUAAAUUGUUUAGCUGCCAUUUUCAAGUUAAGUUUUUGCUACUCUUAGUUAUGCACAAAAUGUGAACUUUCAGUAGUAUGAUAUGUACUGGGCAAUAAUAUUUUGCUGACUUUUUAUGGAUUGAAUUUAUUUCAUUUGUCAAUUUUCGUAUUUUGUGGGAAAAUGAAAUAUAGAUCGUUUCUUAGCAUUGUGAUUUCGAACUUAAAAAAGAGGAAUGAAAAGAAGAAAAUCUUUAUAUUUCUCACUAGUUUUCAGGAUUUAAAAGAAUAAUUUAUAUUCGUAUAUGACAAAUGUCUAAAAGCUAAAAAAAAAAUUUAUAUGAACUGAAUUUAUUUAAAUGUAAGCACCAUUGAAUGUGAGAAUCAAAGAAAUAUUUUAUACGUCCUUUUCAGUAUUGUGAACAAAGGUUACCUCUAUUUAGCUUUAACCUCUGGAGCAAUAAUUUUACUUCAAUGAUAUUAAUAGACGAAUAGUUUUGUGAUAUUUUGUAUACAAUGAACAAAUAUGUUGCUUAAACGAAACAAUCUGUGAUAAUUGUUUUUUUUAAUCGUUUUGGUAUUUUAUAAUUAGAUUAUGGUUGUGUGCCACAUUUUCUGUUUGAGUCUUUGCUUCCUGUAGUAAUAAUAAAGAUGAACAAGAGUUGUACAAGAUUUGUUUUUUUUUUCAGUGAAGAAUUUGAAAAAAAGAUUGAUCUUUAUAUAUGGAUGAAAUUAGGCAUACAUUUGUAGGUUUCUUUAUAGUUGGUUCUUUUGACCUUUUAUUGUCUUUUUUAUUCACAUUAAAAGUCUGGUUUAAUCAACUGAAAAAUUUAUAUGAAGUAUUGUAUGUUUCUUGCUUUAUGAAAGGACAAUUUAAGAAGGAGACAAAUUAUAGCUUUCUGUUAAGCUAGGCGAAUUGCUGUAUCAAUGAUAUUAUGUCAUAAUUACAGGUAGUCUAGCAGAAGUUGAGAUGUAAGGUUAGUGAUGGAACAACUAACGUUUUCUAAAAUAUAUUUUAUGGAAAAAGCUGUUUAUAUUAUCGAAUUUAUAUAUCUGAAUAUUAUAUAUUUCUGUUUAAAGUUUAUUGUUAUUUUUGUUAUUAUUUUUUUGUCCAUAGAUAUGCAAGUUUUUAUACUGUUUUUUUGAAAAAUAAUUUUUGAUUAUGUUUAUAAUAGUUAGUAGUGAAACAGCAAUUGUAUUAUAUUUUUGUAGGUCUCGGCUGAAAUCUAGCUUUAGUGCUAUUGUCAACAAGUUUGUUUAAAAGUCACCACUUACUUGAAAAAUAUAUAUUGAAAACGAUUUUGCUGUUGAAUUUAUAAUAACUCAGAACAGAAAAUUUGAUUUUGAUUGAUUAAGAGAUCAGCAUGAAAUUACAAAAGUAAUGUCAUGCCUUUGGUAAAUUUCAAUUUCAUUAGCCAAACUUUGGAAACAAUAUUGUAUAAGUUGAAUGCAGAACAUUGUCAACAUGUGAACGAAUUCAUUAACAUCUAAAAUGUUGAAAGCCUCAUUGUGACUUUGAGAAGAAGCACAGCAAUAAAAGUGCUGUUUAUAUGCUAUGGGUUUUGUCAUAUACAUGAAGGGAUUAUGUGUCAUAAUUAAAUACACCAUAUCCCUUCUUUCUUUUGGUUUUAUCAUUAUUAUUGAUACUCAUAGCUUCUGAAACUAUUUUAAACAUCCUUGGUUGUAAAUGUGAAACCAAGUGUUGUAAGAUCAACAGUUCCAAAUCUUAGGGUGUUUUAUCUUUGUUAUUGGCAAUAAGUCAUGUUUAUAAUGAUGUGCUGUUAAAAAAUUUCAAAACAUAUCUUUAUGAAGUUUGUAUUUGAAUAUAAAUCAUUUUGUAUUGUUCAAUUAAUUUUUGUACAUUCCUUUAUUUUGUACAGUGUACAGUACAUAAUUUGUAUAUUUAUAUUUGUUCAUUUAAAGAUAAUUAUAUCAAACUAUAAGAUUAAAUAUUAUUUAUAUAUAA